AUGACAAGCAAAAAGUAUGGCCUUAUUUUAUCGGAAAACCCGAAAAAUAAGCAACCUACAUUUCAAGCAACUCGUAAUGUUUUUGGUGAUGACACAGAUUCCGAUGAUGAGUCAAACAAGAAGCCAGUCUUGCUGAAACCCAGCGACAACAUUAAUAGACAAAGUAAAAUUACUCAAGAAAAAGCUGUGUUAGAAGAUCCUACUGUUUAUCAAUAUGAUGAAAUAUAUGAUUCAAUGACAAUUAAGAAGGAGGAGAAAAAGGAAAAAAACAAUGACGCCAAAAAGCCAAAAUAUAUAGAAAAUUUGAUUAAAGCUGCUAAUAAAAGAAAAAUAGAAAAUGAACGCAGAAUGGAAAGACAGAUACAAAAGGAGAGGGAAAAGGAGGGCGAGGAGUUUGCAGACAAAGAAGUUUUUGUAACUUCGGCUUAUAAAAAGAAAUUGGAAGAAAUGAGACAAGAAGAAGAAAGGGAGAAGUAUGAGGAGUAUUUAGAAAGUAUUGGUGAUGUAACAAAACAAAAAGAUUUAGGUGGCUUUUACCGUCAUUUAUAUGAACAAAAACUGGGAAAGGAUAAAGGUAAUGAAGUGGAAGAUAAUGAUGGAAAAGAUGUAAUAGAAAAACCUAAUUUAAACAUUAGUGACACAGAUAAGUCUCAAACGGUGAAAAAAAGAAAUUAUAGGAAAAGAAAAUCAUCAGCAGAUAAUGAUAAAUUACUAUCUGAUGGAGAAAUUGCAGAUUCUGAUGAAGAAAUUAACCGGUGUAACUUAGAAGAAAUCAGAUUAUCAAAAAAGACCAAGAACAGUGAAGAGAACAUUGAUGCUGAUUCUGACUUUUCUAUUGACGAAUCAAGUGAUGAAGACAAAAAUGAGGAAAUAAAUGACCAUAAAAAACAAAUCCCCACGGAUAAAGAGCCAUUUUCUAAGGAGAAUGUUAAAGACAAUGAUGUCAAAGCGAACAAUGCAGAGUCUACACAAGGUGAAAGUAAUUCAAAGUCGCCGGUAGAGAAAAUUGAUAUAUGGAAAAAACGAACAGUUGGAGAAGUUUUUGAACAAGCUCUUAAAAGAUAUUAUGAGAGAAAGGCUUCCAGGAGUUACUGA